GAUUACAAAGAUAACUAUAUGCAAUGUGUUUGAGCGUGCUGGCUUUAGUGUUAACCUUAGCAUGUGUGUUUUUGGGACAAAGUUCCCCAAUGGAAACUUCUGUUUUAACGGAGUUCACGACGCGAUUGGUUAAAACUAGGGAAAGCAUUAUAUUUGCCUGUUCUGAAGAAGAUCUUUAUUCGAAUGCUCUAGCACUCAUGGAAUCCAAUCAAUUUGUUCAACCGGUCCACAUAAAUAGCUCAUAUUUGCUUAAAUCAAUUUUAACAAGAAAAAAUUAUGCUCGAACGACUGUGAUUGUGGACACCAAUUGCGAAGGUUCAUCUAGGCUGCUCAAGGAGGCUUCUGCCAAUAGAUACUUCAACAAAACAUAUCAGUGGCUGCUGUUGGGCAUAGAUAGAAGUAUUGACGAGUUGCUCCCACUCGAGCUAGAUUACGUUGGACCGAAUGCGCAAAUGACCUAUGUCAAUAAGACAACGGAUGCCUAUUAUCUUUGGGACAUACAUUCAAAGGGCCGUCAACUGAAAUCAGCCUUGGAAAUACAUUUGAUAGCAAAACUAUCAAAUGAUAAAAAACAAUUGUUUAUAAUUAAAGACGUAUUCGAGCUGCAAAGCAUAAAAUAUCGCAGUCAAUUCAAUGGAUUGACUUUAAGGGGUGCAAGUGUGAUUGAUCAAGAGAAUAUACUGACAAAUGAACAAAUUGAAGCAGUACUCUCACGACCCACAAAGGAUCCUGGUGUAGCAGCAUUCAUCAAGUAUCAUUACGAGCUGUUAUGCCUGCUCAGAGAUCGUUUUAAUUUUACCGUCAAGUUUCGCAACUCCCGGGGUUGGGCUGGUAGAUUGGGCAACACAACUUUUCGACUGGGAUUGCUGGGCAUAAUUAUGCGCAACGAGGCAGACAUUGCAGCUUCCGGCGCAUUCAAUCGUAUAAAUCGCUUUGCUGAGUUCGACACUAUACACCAGAGCUGGAAGUUUGAGACAGCGUUUUUGUUUCGCUUUACGCCCGACUUGGAUACACACGGAAAAAGCGGUAAUUUUUUAGCACCCUUUAGCAGACAGGUGUGGCUCUUCACGUUGGGCACCUUAAUAGGGAUUACCGUCAUUUGGUUGCUCCUCGAGUACCUGAGCAACAGAUGGCAUACCAAAGCAGAGAAACAGUUGAAACGAAGAAAUUUGAAUAUAAGAAAUAUAUUGUGGGUAGCUAGACUGAGGCGGAAGGCCACAAAUUUGACAGCUGAAAAUAUAAUGACACGUCCAGAUCCCAAAUCGCAAAGCAACUGGACAGAACGUAUUCUACAUACUUUUGGUGCCGUCUGUCAACAGGGAAUGGAACCUAUUCCCAAGGACUUACCGUCUCGUUCUAUUGUGGUAACAGUUUAUCUAUUCUCCGUGGUAAUGUACAACUAUUACACGUCAUCUGUCGUUGGUGGAUUGCUCAGCUCUUCGGAUCAAGGUCCGGCUACGGUUGAUGAAAUAACAUCUAGCCCUCUCAAACUAUCAUUUGAAGAUAUUGGAUACUAUAAAGUUUUAUUUAGAGAAAGUUCAAACCCGGUUGUGACCCGGUUAAUAAGCAAAAAAUUGUCCACAUCUAGAGGUGCCAAUGAAAUGGGUGUGUACGGCCACAUAGAGGAAGCGAUUCCAUAUCUCAAGAGUGGCGGUUUCGCAUUUCACUGCGAGGUAGUUGACGCCUAUCCGAUAAUAGCAGAAUUGUUUGACGCUAAUGAAAUCUGCGAUUUGCGCGAGGUAUCCGGUCUUAUGGAAGUGGAGAUUAUGAAUUGGAUUGUGCAUAAAAAUAGUCAAUAUACGGAGCUCUUCAAAACAGCAAUGUGCAAUGCACGCGAAGUUGGUUUAGUUGAGAGAAUUCUUCGACAGCGUCAAAUGAAAAAGCCAGCAUGUCAGUCGUUGUACACCGUCUACCCGGUGACCAUGUCAGGUGUUUCCUCAGCAUUUCUCACCUUGCUAUGUGGUGCAUUACUCGCUUUACUGGCGCUGUGUCUGGAGAUAGCAACGGUUAAAUGGCGAUUACGCCGGAUCUAAUUGGAAUCUAACUAGAAUUCGGUUUUGUUUUUUGUUGCACAUUCGUAGUGUGGUAUUAAAACAGUAUUUUUCGCAACAGCA